GUUUACUGUUUUUUUUUUUAACAAGUACUUAGCUCAUCAGUUUUCUUAUCUACAAAUCUCAGGUUAGCUUCUUUUUGUGUUAUAGUUUGUUAGGUUUAUAUAUAUAUAUAUUCCAUUUUUAAGUGCAGUUUGUUCUCUCAUGGAGAAUCUUGGGAAUUUUAGAUUGGUUUUUGGGAUUUCAUUUCUCUAUUGUUUACUUAAUCUUUCACUAGGAUUCAACCCUGUAGAUAACUAUUUGAUAGAUUGUGGAUCCUUCAAAAAUAGAUCAAUAGGUGUUCGAGAGUUUGUAGCUGAUAAUACAAAUACUUCAUCUCAUACACUUUCAACCCCAGAGCAUAUUUUUGCCAAUUCUAGUUCGAACUCCAUCUCACUUUACUAUGAUUCAACACUGUAUCAAACUGCUAGAAUCUUCAAUGGACCUUCCCAUUACAGCUUUUCAAUCAAAGAACAAGGGAGGCACUGGAUUCGCCUUCAUUUCUUUCCAUUUGUAUUCCAAAAGUAUGAUAUGAGCAAGGCUAAAUUCUCUGUUUCAGCUCAAAACUUUAGCCUUACUAGAGAACCCCAAUCAGGGAAUGUUUCUGUUGUUAAGGAAUACUGCUUAAAAAUUACUUCUAAUAACCUGGUUCUUAGUUUUAUCCCUGAUUCCAAGUCAUUUGCUUUCAUUAAUGCCUUGGAAGUUCUUUCGAUCCCUGAGAAUGUCGUUCCCGAAGAAGCUAAAACAGUCGAUCGGAAAGGCGAUAAGAAAAGCUUGAGGGAACUUGCAUUGGAGACAGUUGCAAGGGUGGAUAUGGGGAAUUCAACAGUGCUUCCACAAAAUGAUACCUUAUGGAGACUUUGGGUUUCAGAUGAUUCAUAUUUGAUAGACAAAAAUCUAGGAUCAUUUGUGUCAAAUGUCUCAGCUGUUAAUUUUACUGGAGGAUUGGUGACUGAAGAUGUUGCUCCAGCUUCUGUAUAUGGCACUGCCACUCGGUUUAACUUGGAUGACCCGAACCUUAAUGCGAACUUGACAUGGAGCUUUGAUGUUGACCCGGGGUUCGAUUAUGCUGUCCGCCUUCAUUUUUGCGAUAUCGUAAGUAAUUCUACUCAGCAAGGUGUCUUUCUUGAGAUUUUCAUCAAUACACAUUCAGCAGGUCAUCUUGAUCUUGGUUCUCAGACAUCACAUGUUUUAGGUGCUCCAUAUUUCAUGGAUGUCUACACAAGGGCCAGUGCAAGUCGCAAGCUUAAUGUAAGCGUCGGUUCCUCGAAUAUAGUCAACUUCCCUAGUGUCAUUCUCAAUGGUUUGGAGAUCAUGAAAAUAAAUAAUGAUAAGGGUAGGCUUGAUGUCUCUGAAGUUGUCCCCUCAAGAACUUCCAAGACAACACUAAUAGUUGGUGUGGCUGUUGGAUUGUUUGUUUUCGUUGUUUUGGCUGCACUUGUCUUCCUUUUCUGCCGAAGAAGAAGAAGAAGAAAGCCGGAUUCAGGGGGUGGAGGACAAAAUAUUCCUAUGACAGGAAGUGUAUACUCCAAUGGGACUGCCCGCUUUCCUUUCAUAGAGCUCGUAGAGGCCACUGAUAAUUUCAGUGAAAAUUUGGUUAUUGGGGUUGGCGGUUUCGGUAAAGUUUAUAAAGGAGUAUUGAGAGAUGAAACCGAAGUUGCAGUCAAGAGGGGAACUCCGCAAUCGAGUCAAGGUCUCGUAGAAUUCCGGACCGAGAUCGAAAUGUUAUCUCAGUUCCGGCACCGCCAUUUAGUAUCUUUGAUCGGUUACUGUGAUGAAAACAAUGAGAUGAUCAUAAUUUAUGAGUACAUGGAGAAUGGGACACUCAAGAAUCAUCUAUAUGGCUCAAGUCAUCCAGGCUUGAGUUGGAGACAGAGGCUCGAGAUAAGCAUUGGAUCAGCCAAAGGACUUCACUAUCUUCAUACCGGUUCAACAAAGUCAAUAAUUCACCGCGAUGUCAAGUCUGCUAACAUACUACUCGACAAGAAUUUCAUGGCUAAAGUUGCUGAUUUCGGUCUAUCAAAGACCGGUCCAGAUAUUGAUCGGACACAUGUGAGUACGGCGGUGAAAGGAAGCUUUGGAUAUCUCGACCCGGAAUACUUGACAACGCAAAAACUAACAGAGAAAUCAGAUAUUUACUCCUUCGGGGUAGUUUUGCUUGAAGUCCUUUGUGGAAGGCCAGUUAUCGAUCCAUCCCUUCCGAGAGAAAAAGUGAAUUUAGUCGACUGGGCAUUGAAAUCUCACCGCAAUGGGAGAUUGGAAGACAUUGUAGAUCCUAGUGUUGUUGGUGAAAUAAAAAAAGAGUCUUUAAACAAGUUUUGGGAGAUAACUGAGAAAUGUUUGGGGAAAUAUGGAAUUUGUAGGCCUUCAAUGGGAGAUGUCCUAUGGAACUUGGAGUCUGCACUUCAACUUCAAGGGAAUGAAACAAAAACCAAUCACAAUGGUGAGCUUUCUUCCGAAAUCAGCCAUGGCGGGCACUCGGAAACAAGCUUAGAGUUCAGCCGAACCGGUAGCGUAGGCGAACUUGCUGGUGUUUCAAUGACUACAGUUUUUGCUCAACUGUUGAGUGAACAAGAGCAAAUGAGGGGCUGAAUUUCAUUUCAUUCCAGUUUCUGCAUAAGCUUUGUGUUAUGGUUGCAAAUUCUAUAGUUUUUUUCUUUUCUUUUGCUCUUCUAUUUACUGGGAUUUUAUCAUAUGGAUUCAUUAUCAGCUGAAGAAGCUUUGAUGCUUU